CUGAAACACAACAAAAUACGGAAGUAAACUCUAGUUUCCGUUUCUGUCACCGGUUGCUACGUUACUCUCAUUUUAAAAAGUGCUUAGAAGAAACAGAAUGGCCGUCACUGCGGUUCAUCUUGAGUCGGACGCCUUCUUAGUGUGUAUGAAUCACGCUUUAAGCACGGAGAAGGAAGAAGUGAUGGGUUUGUGUAUCGGAGAGAUCGAAGUAACCCGCAUCGUCCACAUUCAUUCCGUCAUCAUCCUCCGCCGCUCUGACAAAAGGAAGGACCGGGUGGAGAUUUCCCCGGAGCAGCUGUCUGCCGCCUCCACCGAAGCCGAGAGGUUGGCCGACAUGACGGGCAAGCCGAUGCGGGUGGUGGGUUGGUACCACUCGCAUCCGCACAUCACCGUAUGGCCUUCCCACGUUGACGUGCGGACUCAGGCUAUGUACCAAAUGCUGGAUCAGGGCUUCGUUGGCCUCAUCUUCUCCUGCUUCAUCGAGGACAAGAAUACCAAGACGGGCCGCGUACUUUACACCUGCUUCCAGUCGGCCCAGGUCCAAAAAGGCUCCGACUAUGAGCGUGUGGAGAUCCCGAUCCAUGUCGUCCCGCGUGAGGCCAUAGGUAAAGUGUGCCUGGAGUCAGCCGUGGAGCUGCCGCGAAUUCUGUGUCAGGAGGAGCAGGAUACAUACCGUAAGAUCCACAGCCUGGCCCACUUGGACCCAGUCACCAAGAUCCACAAUGGAUCUGUGUUCACCAAGAACUUGUGUAGCCAAAUGUCUGCGGUGAGUGGGCCAUUGCUGCAGUGGCUGGAGGACCGGCUGGAGCAGAACAAGCAGAGCAUCGUGGAGCUUCAGCGGGAGAAGGAGAGGCUGACGCAGGAACUCAGUGCCCUCUGAGCAGAGAAAGGAUUGAAGGGGAGGUGGCAAUUGAUGUGUCUUCAUUAUUUACCACAGCUGUAAUAUUUCAUAUUGUUAUCAUUUUGAGGGCGGGGGUCAUUUCUACAGCCAUCUAUACAGUAGGCAUAGCUGGAGCUCAUCUGUGCAGUGGUACCUUCAAGUAACAUCUUUGCCUUCGGCACAAAAAAAAAGUGAAGACAUGUCACUUAAGAAAAAGCCCAUGUUGAGGCACUCACUAGUAAAGGUGCGGCAAUACUGCCUUGUUUCCUUCCAUCUUUUCAAUGUUGUUGUCGUCAUUGUUUUUUUGUUUAUAUUUCCCCCCAAAAUCUGUCCAGGACGUACUAGUAGAACAAGUACAUCAGUAAAAGCUGUGCAUUAGUUGAUGGCUGUUUACUAAUAAAGUAUCACUUGGAAAAUAUUUGCUAGUAUGACAGUGUUCACUUGUAUUAUUAUUUAAGUGCAAACUAUUAAUGUAGUUGUUCAACUAGUGCUCAAAACUGACUUUCUGGUGUGGACAAAGAACAUACUAGUAAAUGUGCAAUUCAAACUACAGUUCAUUGAAUACAUUGCCAUAGACUCCCUCUUAAUAGACUACAUUAAUACUGACUCUAGGUACAUUUGAAGUACAUUUUCUGGAUUUUUAGGUUGAGUGAUUUCCUUUCUCCCUGCUGGGAAAAACUGUUGGAACUAACAAAUGAUUCUUGCAAUUGUCAAAAUAGCCAUUUAGUAAGUAACUUUUGAGUUUGAGUUAGUACCUGACACGCUUCACCACUUUGUAUUUCCAGCAGUCUGAAUUCCCAUUCAAGCUUUAUUGUGUGAUGAUGUGUCACAUGCUUUGGGCAUCUUGCACUUUAAGACACUAAAAUAUAUUUUUUUCUAGUGAUGUAAAGCGUUAUAUUAUUGAAAAUCAAUUGAUGAAUUUAAAAUUAAAAACGUUAAUAAAUUGUUUUGCAUGAAUUGACAUGCAUAUUGAGGCAAUCCAACCUAAUUAUGUUAAAAUAUGAUUUCACCAGAUGAAAUGACUGUGCCUUUAGACUAAUGAACAUGCCUUUGUACAUACUGUAAUACUUUAAAUAAAGACCG